UCUACUUCUAUUAUGUACUGCUUUUAUACAUAUGAUGAAUUUUGCUAACUAAUAUCUUAGUCAACAAUAAUCAUGGGAAACGCAAUAAAAAAAUUUCAAGAGCAUGAAUUGGAGAACCAAAAUCUCUGCGUUCAUCCGUUCUGCAUCGACUGUAUAACAACUUACAUUUCCGUCAAGCUUGUUGACAAUAUAGUCGAAAUUCCGUGUCCGUUUCCGAAUUGUAACCAUUUUUUGGACCCAAUCGGUUGCCGGAAUCUUAUGGAUUCGGAUCUAUUUGAUAAAUGGUCUGAAAAGUUGUGUGAGUACUCUGUUUUAGGAUUGACGCGGUGUUACUGCCCUUAUCAGAACUGUUCUGCUUUGAUUUUGGAUGAAUGUGGUGGCGUUGCGACGUUGUCAAAGUGCCCAAAUUGCAAGAGAUUAUUUUGCUUCCGGUGCAAGCUUCCAUGGCAUGCUGGAUUUCAAUGUGAGGAGAGUGGGGCAUUGAGGGAUGAAAACGACUUCACUUUUGGUAUGCUUGCUGAGCGUGAAAAAUGGCAGAGGUGUCCUAAGUGCCGCUCUUUUGUUCAACUUAGUGAAGGUUGCCGUUAUAUCACGUGCAGGUGUCAAGCCAAUUUCUGUUACAAGUGCGGAAUGCUACUCGAUCGUUCCCAUGGCUGGUGUGCUUGUUAUUUUCCUUCGAAUUUAUCUAUGUUUAGCCGUAUCUGUUUAUUUGUUUUAAUCCAUCUUGCUGCUUGUCUUUUUUUAUUUAUUUAUAUAGAAGUAUUUCGCUUGUACAAAACAUGAUUAGGAUUAUUCAUGUUUAUGUUUUAAAAAUUAAAUCGAAUUGCAAUUCAAA